UACCAUAUAAUCAUACAAUGGGCUCUAAGUCAUUUCAAGCUGCAAUGUAUAAAGAGGGUACUGCGAAGGUUGACAUUAUAGACUUCUACAAAGAUUCCCAUUGGAGCAAGAGAAAGGCAGAUUGGAUAGCUCCAAUAUGUGGUGAAUUACAUGAAGCUUUGAAAAAACGACGUGAAGAGUCUUUGAAGCCUGGGGCAAUACCUUUAACUCAGGAGCAGCUGUCAAUUGAAGUUCUUGGAACGAGUAAAUCAGGAUACAUAAAGGGCUUCGGAGUUGGUCGAAACCCAUCCUCAUCCAAAUCUUCUGUUAGUACACAAGCACAUGUUGAGGUGGUUUCGAGCCUACAAGAACAAAUAGAGUCAUUGAAGAAUUUGGCUGAGGUCCAGCAAGAACAAAUUGCAGCCCAGAACUUGGUAACACAAGAGCAAGCUAGAAAGAUUGAAAUGCAAAACAAAAGGUUUGAAGAGAUUGAAAAGUUUAUGAGGAUGCACAAGGAUAAGGCAGACAUGCAGGUUGAUGAAGAUGAUUGUUCAUCAGAGGAAUUUUAUUGACAGCUUGCUCUAUUGGCAAUGGAUCGAAUAUAGUUCGGGGAGCAUCAAAGGAUUACAUUUUGAAUUUUUUGAUAUAUUUUGUCAUAGGUUUUUGUUAUGAAUUUGCAAGCUUGGAAGGUUUUUUGGAUUGGCAAUGGAUGAAUUAUAGUUCGGGGCGCAUCAAAGGAUUACAUUUUGAAUUUUUGGAUAUAUUUUGUCAUAGGUUUUUG